AUGUCCGCCGUCUGCGCCGCCGCGCCGCCCGCGCCGCCCGCGCGCCAUCGCGCGCGCGCGUCCCGCGCGACUCGCGGCGCCGCGCCUCCCGCGCCCGCGCGUCGUCGUCGUCGUCAUCGCGAGUGGACGACGACGUCCUCGACGUCGUCGUCGUCGUCGUCUGACCCGCGCUCGCUCGUCGUCGCCCGCGCGGAGUUCGCGCAGAUCGACGCGGAGUCCGAGGACGCCCCCGGCGGCGUCGCGGAGGGCCGCUUCGGCCCGGACGCGAUCCUCAUGGUCGGCUUCACCGCGGAGGAGACGACGCGAUGGCGCGCGGAGCUGGACGACAUCGAGGCUGAGUUCGUGAAGCUCGUGACGUGCACGACCGCGAUGGCGUCCGGCGCGCUCGGCGCCGCGCUGGAGGCGACGCAGGACGACCCCGCCGCGGUCGCGGCGUCGAGCGAGGCGUACGACGAGAACGGGCGGGUCAUGAUCUUCUCCGGGAUGAUCGGCGGCGAGGUCGUGGCGCUGGUGGACCUGUGGAGGGAGACCGGGUUGGACGACACGCUCUUCGCGUGCCUCGUGCCAAACAACGAAAACUCCGACGUCGCGGGGUUGGUGAGCGAGAUCGCGGACGAUCACCGGGAGAUGCUCGCGAAGGUCGCCGCGGAGCGAGAGGGGAAGUGA